AUGGGUGCUUGGUUCCGGAAUGUCGGCCGCGCAAUGGCCGCUGCAGGCAAAGCCAUUCAUGACGACCUGAAUGGCUUUGGACAGAAUGCAGGCGCUGCCCUCGAUGGCUGGGGCAAGGAUGUGGGCAGAAAGUUCGACCCUAACCACCCUGUCCGCAUCGGCAUGGCCAAAGCUGGAGAGAUUUCCUUCGGCGCGGCAAACGGAACGCUUCAAGCGCUAGAUCAUAUUGGCAAGAAUACGGAGAUUGCCGUCAACGGAGCAUACGAAAACCUCCAUCAGCAAGUCUCACGGGUCGACUGGGACAAACUAUCGCAGGCGGCAAAGGACUGGGUUGAGAAUAUUGCGAAAACACUCGCAUUGCCCGUCGCAGUUGCGGCGGAGAAGGUCUUCAGCGUUCCGCAAGACAUCCUGCCUAAGGAAAUCGUCCAAUGGAUCGACGACCAUCCGGCUCAGACAGCUUUCCUUAUCGUUGCAGGCGUCGUCUUCUUCGCUCCUCACCUGGUGACGGUGCCUGUGUUGGAAAGCCUGGGGUUUACCGCUGAUGGUGUUGCUGCAGGUUCUGCUGCCGCAGCUCUCCACUCCAUGAUCGGCCAGGUUCAAGCUGGGAGUAUCUUUUCCCUCAUGCAGAGCGCUGGAGCUGGCGGAGCUCCGGCUGCUGUUGCGGAUGUUUUCGUUUCUACAGCAGCGCCCGUUGCAAUCGGAACCACUCUCUACUUCAGGCAACAGCCCACCAUAAAGCACAAGCUCUGA